GCCAAUGGCUGCACAGCUGGUCCAUCCCUCCACUCCUGCUCUGAGCCUUAAGUUACAGCUUUGAACUACCCCCUCUUGCUCAUAGAGAACAUGAGGAUGCUCAGAGGAAGUAGAGAGGAAGACUGCUGACAGUUAGAUGGCAUGGGCCCUGAUCCUGACAGGGAGAGCUGCUGAGAGCUCAUAACACUCAGCAGAAAUCUUGAGCACAGAGGCAGGGACCAGAAGGUUAUAGGAAAACUGAAGAAGUGUACCUGUUGGGUGAAAGUGGGCAGACAGUACUGAAGGUCCACCCCAUGAAAUAAUCCUUGUAUGCACAGCUAACAAGUGUUUUGGUUUCCCUAAAGCCAUAAAACCAUCUCCUCGAUUAAAAUCUGAGAGCCUGAAGAAAAAAAGCAAAAGCAUUGCUGCUGGAAAUCCGAGGAAACAUUAUAUAUGGAAGGACUUCAUUUCUAUUGUUCUUGCCUUCCUACAGUGCCGCUUGAUGCUGAUUAAGAUUUCUUUUGGAUGCCCUUGCCUGUCCUAGGGGAUGCCCCAGUUCACUUUUGCUUGCUUUUGUGGGCUGCAUGGCUUCUGCAAGAUGAAGAGGAAAAAGGAAGAAGCUGACAGUGAACAAGAGACAGCUGUCUGAGAGGAGAACACAUUCUUUUGGGGUGCUAUCUUCAACAGUAUUGAGUUGGGAGAAGAUUGCUGCUACAGUAACUUGACUCCGUUUUCCAAGAAAACCCCCACUGUACUAGUUUCAGAUUUUUAAAAAAACCAUAUUUACAUUGCAAGCUGAAAUGGUAAAGGACAUGGACAAAGAAUGAGAAGCAAGGCAAGGAAAAUCACACCAUCUCCUUGUGUAGCAUUGUCCUGUGCAAGAUUAAACUGUAAAAAAAAAAAGACCAACUUGUGUGAAGCAACAUAUCCUGAUAUAGCCAUUUGCACUAUUAGUGAAGAAAUUCUAAAACGGUGAAAUAAGGAAUAGUAAAAACCCAGCAAUUCUGAUGACACUGGUUUUCACAUUUAAAAACAAUUGUGUGAGUAUUACAUUUGCUGUGAAUCAUACAAUAGCUGCAUUCCAGUAUUAUUCAAUAUAAAAACAUUAUAGUGACAGGUAUAUAUUUUUGCAAUAAGGAUGUUAUCAUGAGAAGCACUUUAUUCUAUGGGGUGAGUAGAUAUAGAUUUUUGGAUAGAGUAAACUAGACCAUCAUAAAAAUAUUUUUCUGGUUCUUUGGGGAAAAACAUUACCAGCAGACUGAAGGGAAGAAAUAAAAAGCUCUAUUUGCUUAUUUUCCACCUUGGUUGCCUCUAGCCAUUUGACAUAUGAUUUGACUCACAAAGGGCAAUGCUUGGGUGAUUACUAUAUUUAUGAAGCUAUCCUAAUUUUAGGUUUUUGACUAAGGACUUCCCCAUCAUUCAAGCUGCUCAAGUUGCACACUCUAAUAACCAAGCAUCUAC